AUGAGCAAUAACACUGGCCAAGAAGAAACGAAUGGAAUUGAUGUAGUAGACGGCGCCGUCUCUUUAGGCGUGGACACUUCACUCUUUACUCAAUCAAACAAAAAAGCUCCAAAUUUAGCGACCUACUAUUUCAAGCACGAAGAUACAGACUCUGACAUGGAUAAGAUAGACAGUUUCGCAUUUCCUAAAACUGACUGUCUAACUACUAGUACCUUAGACGAAACAUCAGAAGAAGAAUGGACUUUUACUAGACCAGAUAACAAUGAAGUAACCAAUAAUCUUGAAGAUGUCAAAGAACAAAUCCCUAAAGCUAAGACUAUGUCGGAAGAUGAAAUUCGCAUAUUGGUUCAGAAAGCGGAAGAACUUGUCAGUCCAGAAAAAUGCAGGAAAUCUGAGCGGAGUAAUUCUCUUAAGAUGUCACGCGUAAACAAAUGGCUCAGUCUGGACAAACCGGGCGACAGCUGCGAUGCCAGUGCGGAAGAAGAUGAAAAGGAAUCUCAAACUUCAGAGGACUUUGAUACCAGUACUUUAAGGGAAUCACAAAAUACAUCUUAUGCAGACCUUAAUAGAUGGUGCAGAUCAUUUAGCUCACAAUUGGAUACCCCUAAACCGAAUGAAACAGGAAUCAACUUCUUAUCAAUAUCCGAAUCUGCAUUGCACAGAAUGAAUCUUUCGCCUAAGGCAUUGGACAGGUGCACAGCCCACAGCACAAAUAGUUUCAAUAUCAAUGGAACUAACUCCAAUUCAUCAACCGUUGAAGAACUGUCUCCGUUUGUAAGUGAAAAAACAUCGACAAUCAGAAGGAAGAAAUCGAAAUUAAAGAAAAAAGCUUUGUUUGGAAAAUCAGAUCCCUAUCUAUUAUGCAGUCCAGGAAGCCACAGACAACAUAGAAACCUUCUAAUUAAAUCUGGAUCAUUUUCUGGAUAUAGUCAACCAAAUUCCGUACACGAAAGGCACUCGUCCAGCGACCCGUCUGCUAUGAAUCAAUGCGCACAUGCUUAUGACGUUUCUACAACCAGUGGGGCCGAUAGUGAAGAUGAUUCAAGACAACGGAUGCCAAAUUUCAAAAUAGGCUUGAAACAAAAGUACUUAUGUGGACCUGAAACAAGAGAUGGAAGUCCUGGAAAAUGCAGUCUAAAUACCGUGGAAUCUAACUCACUCACAGAAGCAUGGGACAAUUAUCAGGAAAACUAUCUCUCAGAGCCCUACAGCGAAUCUCACGACUCCGACGCAGCGAGGCGGCUUUUGAAUUUUGGAGAAGACUACAGGAAUUUUAUUGACAGCCAAUCAGAUUGGUCAGCCUUGUCUGACAUUUCGCCCAAAUUCAAAAGAAAAGUUAUGGCUCUAUCUCCGCCAGAGGCAAAUGAAGAUUCUAACAGCGACGAAGAAAGUUUAAUGCAGAUUAUAAAUGAUUCAAGGGAUCAGCUGAAAUUUGCUCAAGAAGUAUAUGAUCAUGUUAAAGGAGGGGAUAAUAAUGUUACAAGGGAAAUCGAGGACUUGGUAAUAAAGUGUGAUCGCCACGUAGCCCUUCUGAGCCAUAUCGCAGAGUCGUCAGACGAAUACAAGAUGUCGGCCGGAGAUAAAGCUGUAACAUCAGGUCUGCUAACCCAGUGGAAAUCUCUUAGAAUACGCAGUGUCAAAAUGCAAGAGUACAGGAAAUUGCAGAAGGAAAUCGGCGACCUGAAAAGGUUUAUUACAAAUUUAGAUGUACCUGAUAAUGAUCAGUUCCAAGUUGGCGAUAAUCCUUCAGAGAAUAUCAAUAAUGAAAUUGAGGAUUGUAAGAAAAUUUUGGACCUGAUUAAAAACCAACUAGCGGUGUUGACGUACCUGAACACAGUUGUCCAUAGGUUUACACUUGAAAAUCAAGAUUUUGACGAUUUUAGCAAAUGUACAUUGAAAGCUGAAAUUUCUGAACUUUAUGAGAUGUUUGAUAGUGCGAAGACUAGAACAUCGACAAAACUGAGUGAAAUCGAAAAUUUGCUGCCAGCUUGGUUAUUAUUGCAAUCUCGAUUAGAGCAACUGCAAAAAGAUCUCAAAGAGGAUGGAAAAAACUUACACCUUUUGGACAGCGUGUUAACGAACGGACAGUUUACUGACCAAACCGCAAUAUGUGUCAGAGGCGUCGCUAAAGUUUUGUCUGAAUCAACAACAAAUCAGGGUUAUCGUCUACCAGAAUUUUUCACCGAGGGCUCCUUAUCUGAUAGUGGUAUAUCCGAUGAAGGGUCGGAACACGAAGUUGGAGAGAGGCAACACCGUUUGGCUGCCAUCAAAAGAUUGGUCAGGCAGCUGGAGUUGGGUCUCAGCCCCGACUCCAGAGCAAGGCUAUUGAUGAGGGAAAAAUUGUCUUUGGCCGAGGAGGAAUUAAAAGAACUUCAACAAAAAUGUAAAACUUUGAUUGUCAGGACUGCCGCCGUGUCACAUCCAGCAUUGGAAAGUUUAAGUAAAAAGAAAAUGGUCGACGAAAAAUUGGCGAAACCUGACGGCGGCGACGAUGAUCCAGGUAAUGAACCCGAAAAUAAUAGAUGGUUUAAACGUUUUCGUAAGGCCUCUGUGGCCUUUCAGCUUGUCCUUCUGACAUUUGUCUGUCUGAGUUUUCUGUAUGAGCCGCAAUGUUGCGAUUACAUGAACAAUUAUCAGUGGUCGUUCAGUCCCAAGUUGCAUUACAAGGGAAAUCCUCCGAUAUAA